AUGCUCUCAAUGAAAUCCGAAAAUUCUAGUUUAUUGAUUAAAUGUUUCUGCCUCACCACCGGCCCAACAUCAUCCGAAACGUCUCAAUCGCCGCCCCUUUCAUCGGCAGCCCCUCAGCCUCUUUCUUCGAGCACCUCGACGACGGUCCCAUCGGCAGUGGCGGCGGCGGCGGAAGCCCCCCAACAACAACUGGACGUGCUGAACGCCUUGGGUCUCAGGGACUCCGUACAUCGAGGGGUGACCCUGACCACUGGACCUCCGGGAGGACAACCCCAUCCGGCUUACAGGUUGCAAGGUGAAGAGCGCAACCUGCGUGCUCCAGCCUCAGUUUGUCGAGCUGCUGCGAAAUUGCUGCGCGAUUGCGCCGGCGAAUUCACGGUGGCGGCGGUUCUGCGGCAGGAACGGGACACCAGCGGGACCAUCAUUGCUUUCUCCGACAAUGCCGACAGAUAUUUGGAACUGCAGUCAAGUGGCAGAAGGGACGAGGUCCGGUUGCACUACACCCACGUUUCGGAGGACAAUUCUCGGCAUGUUCACAUCGAGGUGUUCAAAUACGAACUGGCGGACGGCAAGUGGCACAAGUUGGCGGUUUCGGUGUCUGGAUCACAGGUGGAAAUGCUGGUCGAUUGCCAUUCAGUAUAUAGAAGAAUUCUCAAACCAGGGCCCCCUCAUAGAAACUUUACAGCACUUGAUCUCGAACUGUGGGUCGGGCAGAGGAACAAACAUUCUUUUUUUAAGGGUUCCUUGCACUCUGUGAGCCUAGUGUCAGGUGCACACGGACACAGCACCCAGUGUCCUGAUGCCAAUUUAAGUUGUCCAACUUGCGGAGAAUUUGCUGCCCUAAGGGACACUGUAGAAACUCUUGCCAGGAACGUCAGGGAGUUGGCCCAAAGGCUGGUGAAGGCCGAAAGCAACGUGGCGCAGUUGGAGCAGUGCGACUGCGUGAAAUCAUGUGAUGACAACGGCACCACGCGCAUCGAUGGUGCCAGUUGGAAGAAAGAUUGUGAUAUUUGUACUUGCGUGCAUGGAGUGAUUGAAUGUAAUAAGGUGCAAUGUCCGGCUGUGAACUGUACAUAUCCUGAACAAAAACCUGGAGAAUGCUGCAAAACUUGCAUGAGAGAAUGUUAUUCAGAUAAAGUGAUAUAUGAACAUGGAGCCGCAAGAAAAAGGAUCUUACCCGGCAAUGAUGGACUACCUGCUUGUUGGACCUGCACUUGCGAUGACGGCAGUAUGAGUUGCAAACCGGACGAUUGUCCCAAAUUAGACUGCCCGCAACAUUUGGCCAUACAAGUGCCCGGAAAAUGCUGCAAAGUCUGCAGAGGGACAGAUUACUGUUCACAAGGGCACAAUUGUCAUGUUAACGCUACUUGCAUCAAUUUACAAACUAGGUUUGCUUGUUCCUGCAACCAAGGUUAUACGGGCAAUGGAGAACUUUGUAGUGAUAUAGACGAAUGUGCCACCAGAGGUGACCACCACGGUCACCACUGCAACAAGAACUCGGUCUGCAAGAACACACCAUCCUCUUACAUCUGCGAAUGUCUGCCUGGUUACGAGCGCCUGGACGCAUACAACUGCAAAGACAUUGAUGAAUGUGCACUUCAACCAGUUGACGAGGCGCAAAUAGAGACUGAGAGUGCUGAGGAAAAGGACAAUAGGUUGUGUGACAUCAAAUCGAGAGCUGUUUGUACGAACACAAUGGGAUCUUAUGAAUGCAAAUGCAAAGACGGCUAUGCUGGGGAUGGGAAGACAUGCUUACCUGUGUGUAAUCAGAUGUGCCUGAACGGUGGAACCUGCACAGCACCAAAUAAAUGCACCUGCCAGCCUAUGUUUAGAGGGCCAGCCUGCGAAUACGAUGUGGAUGAAUGUGCAGAAGGUACCCAUAGAUGUGAUGAAAAAGCUGUGUGUGUUAAUAUGCCUGGCUGGUAUUACUGUAAAUGCAGAAACGGCUAUGAAUCUGUUAUGAAAGAAGAUUUUCACGAGAGGGAAUGCAAAGAUAUCGAUGAGUGUGCAAGUAAGAUUGAUACAUGCCAUCCGACUGCGAGAUGCCACAAUACAGAUGGAGGAUACGAAUGCAUUUGUGAACCUGGUGAUCCACACUGCACUCUCAAUUGUAUGGUCGAUGAUGUUGAAAUACAGAAUGGCAGUUAUGCUUUGGCACCACCGGAACAUGCUUGUGAGGAGUGUUUAUGCAAUCGAGGAGUCAUGUCAUGUCAUCAAAAAGUCUGCAACUGCACUCAUGGUCCGGUUGACGAGCGUUGCUGUCCACAGUGCAAUCCCGACAAGCCUUGCAAACAUCAGGAAUUGGAGCAAGUCGAAUUCACCAGCGGAGAGAAAUGGAUUUAUCGAUGUCAGACUUGUGAAUGUCUAUAUGGUGAAAUAGACUGCUGGCCCAUGGAAUGUCCACCAGUCACCUGCGGCAGCGAAGCAGUGGUUCGUCCAGGUGACUGCUGUCCCCGAUGCCUGCCUGAUCCCUGCUCGACUUCAUCGACUUCAGAAAAAUCUUUAUCAUCUCUAGAUCAGAUGUACGAAAACGUCUUCAAUUACAAUGGCCUAUUGGUUACUACAAUCAGUAACAAUACGAAGAGCAAUAGGCCCUGCAGGGAUCAGAAUAACGCAUUGGGGAAUUUUAAGAAAGACGGGGAUUCUGGAAAUGGUACGCAGGUCGUACCAGAAGGAUUUAGGAGUCAUGGGGAAAAGUGGACCAUGGAUGAUUGCUCGGUGUGCGAGUGCAAGGAUGGGACCGUCUGCUGCAAUUUCGAUUUUCGCAGUUGCAGUCCUGACGUAUCGAGAACCCAUCGCCAGCAGCCACAUCUGGCAACACCUGACGUUUCUUCUCCUGAUGUCUCGCACGAGAAUUCCAUCUCUGAAGUUGUUCGAGAUGCCAGAGAUGCUAGUUUUCAAAAAUGGGAAGAAGGCGAUAAUUCUAUUGAUGUUGGUGGUGUUGGUGAAACUGGUUUGUCGACGGAGGUUGCAACCAGGAAGUAUGUGGAGAACUUUACACAGAGUAAUGUUAGUAAUGAACUUCAAACUAGAAAUGUUUCUGGAGGUAUUUAUAAUGAUACUGCAAAAUCUAGUUUUGGAUAUUUUGCUAAAUAUAACAUCAGCAGUCUUGCCAAACAAUUUCUUGAAAAUUUUACGAGAUACGCCAAUAAUUUUCAAAAUUCAGCACAAUCUAGUAAAACCAAACAAUAUACCACCAAGACCAAUCCAGGUCUUCCAAAACAACUGCGAAAUACAAAACCUGGUACAUACAAACCAAAACCAAGUGAUUUUACCUCUAGUAGUGAAGAAAUUUUUGAAUCCACUAACAUCGAUCCCAAUAGUGAUUUGUACCAUGAUUUGGACACCGAAGUUGGCCAAGUCAUUAAAGAACAUUCCUAUGGCCACUUGGAUGAUACCACAAACAACGACAACCAUGGUAUCCAUCCUGGUGGGGUCAAAAAGUAUAUCGAGGGUGCCAUCAAUUGGCACAACAUUCCAAAGAAGGAAGAAACAAAAUCCAGGACUUUUGAUAGUUUUUAUCCACCUAGACUGGAAAAAGUUCGACAACCAGAGGUGACACAAGACAAGACGAGGAGUAAAAGUUUGGAACAGGUGACGACAGAGGUAACGAAUGAGGUGACAUCAGAUGGCAGAGCAAGGGCUCCAGGUUGACGUGCUUGAUUUUUAUUUAAUCUUUAACCAAUGAAGUGAUUUAUAAUAAUUAAGAGGUUGAUAAAUGAAUUUUUGAAGAACCUCUUGGUGUUACGAUGCUAACUUGUAAGAUAUACAGCAGUGUGAAUGAGCUUUGGAUGUAGCAAAAUGCAUUUUAGGCGAGUUAUGAAAUUAUGAAAUUGUUGUUUAAACAGCUUUGUUAUUUAAAGUGCAUUUUCUAUCUAUUACUACUAUAGAUAGGAUAUUUUGAGUGAAUGUCGUUGUAUUGAAA